UACAGUAGCUAGCAGUUGCUGUUAGCUUUCCCUCCAAGCAGCGCGGCGUUUACUUUGCUUCGCGUGUAUUUCUCCUUGCUUUUCAUAUAUUUACAUUAAAGUUACAGCGGAUAGAUAGCGGAUCCUUCCUUCCAGCUUCUCCUCCGUUUCUCUUCCAGGUGAGAGUGUGUUGUUCCUCUGAGAGAUGGACGGAGAGGAGGAAGACUUCAUGUCGGCUAGCCAUUCCGAUGACGGAGGCGGUACUCCGGUGAUGGAUGAACAUCCAGCAUCAGACGGGGAGGACAGACAUCACUCUGAGGACGAAGGCAGCAACGACGAGGACGCUGGCCUCACCAUGGAGACGAGCGGCGCGGCCAGCGGCUCCGACAACGAGGACCGCCGAGGGGCCGACAGCGACUCGGAGGCCGAGGCCCCCGGGCGCCGCGGAGGAGACGACGACAGGAGCGACUCUGAGGCGGAAGCGCCGAGGCCCGCCGACAGCGACGACGACUCGCCCGUCAAACGCAGAGCGAGCGGCUCGGACGACGAGGAGUCGCCCGUCAAACGCGGCGCCUCGGACAACGAGGAGGGGGAGGGGUCGCCCGCCAAACGCAGGGGGAGCAGCUCGGACGUGGAGGAGAGCGAGGGCGGACCCAAACCCGCCGCAGACAGCGACUCGGACAACGAGGAAGCCAAACCUGCCGCGUCCGCCGGCCGGCGCUCCAACGACAGUGACUCUGACACUGAGACGCACGCCAGACGCAAGGCGGCUCAGAUAGACUCUGAUGAUGAAGAGGAGGGUGAGAAACAGCAGGGGGACGAAGAGGGAGGAGGAGGAGGAGGAGGGAAGUGGAAGGCUGUGAUGCACUCGGACAGCGAGGAAGAGGAGGAGGGACAGAGGACGAAGGCUGCGGCAGGAAGUGACGGAGAGCAGCAGGACGAGGAGAUGAAGAAGAAAGAUGCUGACGACAGCGACGAUGAUGAAGAUAAGCCAGUGAAGAGGAAGAAGGCCGUGCUCUCAGACAGUGAUGAUGAUGAUGAAGAGAAGGCGAAUAAACCAGCGAAGAGGAGCCGAGCCGUGUCAGAUGAUGAGAACUCGGACAGCGACGGCGGCUCGGAGGCCGGCGGACCUGAUAAGAGUCUGGCAGCUAAACUGAGAGAGCUGGGCUCCGACAGCGAGAGCGAGGACGAGAGGUCAAAGGUCAACGCCGGCAACAAGGACGAGAAGGCGCUGUUCGGCAGCGACAGCGAAUCAGGAGACGAGGAGGAGAAAAUGAUUGCAGACAUUUUCGGAGAGUCAGGAGACGAAGAAGGAGAAGAAUUCACGGGUUUCAACCAGGAGGACCUGGAGGGAGACAAGAAGGAGGCGCAGCAGAAGCAGCAGCAGCUCCAGGAGGACUCUGACUCUGAUGAAGGAGUCGACCGCAGCGGACAAGACACCAGCUUCAUGUCAGACUUUGACAUCAUGCUGGCUAAGAAGAAGGCGAUGAACAGUAAGAAGAGGCGGCAUCGCGACGGUGGGACGUUCAUCAGCGACGCCGACGACGUCGUCAGCGCCAUGAUCACCAAGAUGACCGAGGCUGCAGAGGAGGACCGGACUCUGAACAGUCAGAAGAAGCCGGCGCUGAAGAAGCUUUCUCUGCUGGGUCAGGUCGUCAUGCACCUGAAGAAGCAGGACUUAAAGGAGACGUUUAUCGACAGCGGCGUGAUGUCGGCCAUCAAAGAGUGGAUCAGCCCUCUUCCUGAUAAAUCUCUGCCUGCUCUGAGAAUCAGAGAGGAGCUUCUCAGGAUCCUCCAGGAGCUGCCCAGCGUGAGUCAGGAGACGCUGAAGCACAGCGGGAUCGGACGAGCCGUCAUGUUCCUGUACAAACAUCCCAAAGAGUCCCGAUCCAACAAAGACCUCGCCCUCAAACUCAUCAACGAGUGGUCGCGGCCGAUCUUCGGUUUGACGUCCAACUACAAAGGAAUGACGAGAGAAGAGAGACAGCAGAGAGAUCUGGACCAGCAGAUGCCUCAGAGACGGAGACUCAGUUCGGGGGGUCAGACGCCUCGCAGAGAUCUGGAGAAACAGCUGACUGGAGAAGAAAAAGCUCUGCGGCCCGGUGAUCCCGGUUUCUGCGCCCGAGCUCGAGUGCCGAUGCCUUCAAACAAAGACUACGUGGUUCGACCCAAGUGGAACGUAGAGAUGGAGUCCAACAGGGGUCCCAUGAAGAAAGGAAUGUCCCGCGUUGACAAACAGAUGCGUAGAUUCGCAGACAUCCGCCGCCUGACGAAGACGGGUCACGCUGUCAAAAUCAGUGUGGAGGGAAACCGGAUGCCGCUCUGAUUUUAAAACAACCUCCUCCAUCAUAGGAUUUAUUCACUUUUUCCUUUUUUUUUCUUUUUCUUUUUCUUCUUUUUAAUGUUUUUGGUCCUCUGGAAGUCACGCAGCGUUUUGACUCUAACGUCAGAACCAUGUGAUUUAAAUUAAGAGGAAAAGUCGUCUGAUCUGAAACACAAAAAAAAAAACUUAAAACUCAGCUUCAGGAUCCAAAACUAAGCUUAAAAGUCCGCUGCGUUAAAUUCAUCUCCAAACUUUUUAAAAGCUUUCAACCCUUUAAAAAAGAAACUCAAACAUUACGUCAUUAAUCUCCUACAGAGACGAGACUCUUCAAAUCUUUAUCGAUCAUGUUUAAAAAAGAUAAAAAUGUGACUCUUCAUGUGGUUUUUAUGGCACAGUUUGACUUCAGCGGAGCUCAACACGUGUUUCUAAAUGUCCUGAAAGUCUUUAACGAGUCUCAUAAAGCGUUUCCAUGGAGAUUAAUUGACUUAACGAGUUUUGCUUGUAGAGAUGGAUUCAACGCAGCUGAUCUGAGGUCGUUCUGUUUUUCACUAGUUAAGAACAAAACCUUCCCCUCUGCCCCCCCAACCCCCCUCUGCCCCCCCCCCACUCUGUGUCUGAAUGUGAAGGUGUUUGUAUUUUUGCUAAUAGGCCUCAGACCUCCUCUUCCUCUUCCUCUUCCUCUUCCUCUCUGCUCCCGUAGAGGCUGCACAGGAACAAGAUUGUUAAACUGUCUGCAGAGUCGAGUUCACACAGACGACGCAGUGACUCUGCUCCCAUCUGACCGUGUGUGUGUGUGUGUGUGUGUGUGUGUGUGUGUGUGUGUGUGUGUGUGUCAUGUGAUGAUGGUGAUGAUGAUGAUGAUGAUGAUGAUGAUGUCAGAUCUGGUUCAGGGUCAGUCUGUGGUGGACCGGCUCGUCUUGUCUGCACUGUUCUGGAUCAGAUGAAACUUUUCUUAAUAAAGACUCAAAGA